AUGGCGGGCAUGCUCAAGAACAUGUUCGGCUCAGGCUCCAGGCCUGCCAACCCUGACGAUGACUUUGCUGAUUUCGUCGAGGCCCCGAACCCUUCGCCUGCGUCCCUCGUCGCCGACUCGACCACCAUCCAGGCGUCGAGCACCGGUACCGCCCCCUUCACGGCAUGGUACCGCGUCUGGGAGCGCACCUCCCCUCGCGACUUCAUGCAGGAGGCUAUGAUCAUGCCCUUCAUCCUGGUCAUGGUUCUCUUCCACGUCUGGGGAACGCGCAAGAACCGUCGCAAGGCGAGGGAGUGGGCCAAUGCUCAUGUUCCUCUUCUCCAGAAGGAGUUCGCCGUUGUCGGAUUCGAUGGUGUCGCGCGCACUACCGAUGGUGAGGCCGUCACUGUGGAGCUAGCCAACCCGGAGAAGAGCCUCAAGGAGAAGUCGGCCAACGAGUUCUCUACCUAUGCGACUGGUCGUCAAAACAUUGCAUUCUUGGAUAUUGCGCUCAAGAUGCCCAAGCGUUACAACCCCAUCCACUACUUCAUGGAGUACGCCUGCAGCUUCUUCUUCGAGACCUGGGAGGCUCCCUCUGAGAAGUACGAGGCUAUGCUGUACACUUUCGAUGGCAAGGAGAAGGAUCUCGUUCCUGUUCUUGGCAAUGAUACCUCGUCUCUGAAGGUUAACAACUCGACCUAUGAUGGCUUUAUCUGGGCUGUUGUUCAUAAGAGUCAGAUGCGCAAGUUCCGCACUGAUCGCUACGAUGCCUCCAUCACCUUCUCUAAGGAUCACCCCAAGCUUCCUUCCUGGGUUACUGUCAUGUCCGAGAGCGCUGAAAUCACUGAGACCCUGCUCACCCCCGACCUUAUCAAGGCCGUUGAGCAGGCUGGUAACGACUUUGAGUUCUUGAUUGUGUCCGAUCAGCCCGUUGACAAGCCUACCAAGAUCGACGAGACCGUUCCCAAGAAGCGCAUCCAACUGUCCAUCAACCUCUCCUCGGCUUACUCCGCGACCGUGCCCCUCUUCAACCAGUACCUACGUCUCGCCGAUAAGCUCGUUGCCGUCGGCCACUUCCGUGGCGAGGUGAUGCGCAAGCUUCGCAACGUCCGCGAGGAGGAGAUCAAGAAGCUGCGCCGCGUCGAAGAGGAGGAGAAGGCCGAGGAGCGCAAGAUCACCGCUGAGAAGAUCAAGAAGGAGGAGCGUGAGCGCAUCCUGCGCGGCAUGACCGCCGAUGAGCAGCGCAAGUUCCUGGAGCGCGAGACCGCGAAGGACCAACGCCGUCUCCAGAAGAAGCAAACCCGUCGGGGUUAA